AUGGAGAAAUUGAGGAAGCAACACCCAGUUGGUUUAACCAAGAGUGCACGACCCAAGUCCAAAUGGCAACUCCCUCCAAGUGGGCGUCUAAAGAUCAAUGUUGAUGGCAGUUUCAGGUCUGAGUUAGGGGAUAGAGGUAUUGGUGUUGUGGUCCGCGACGAAUUUGGUACAUGCAUUGCAUCCAUGGCUCGCUACUUCCCUCAUGUUCUUUCCGCUACUCAUAUGGAAGCGGAGGCUUGUAGGGCGGGUAUCCUAUUGGCUAUUCGUGAAGGUUGGGAUGCUUUCGACCUAGAAAGUGAUUGCUCAUUUGUGGUGUCGGCGCUGCAACAAAAUAUGGAAGAUCGAUCUGACAUAGGGCGUAUUAUCGAUGAUUGUAAGUCAUAUUUGACAUAUUUUCCCUCUUUUCAGAUUAGACAUGUCUUCCGUGAAGCAAAUGGUGUAGCACAUCGAUUGGCUCACCCGGCUAGUUUAAAUUAUCUUGAUGAUAUUUGGGUAGAUGAGUCUCCUGUGAUUAUCCAGGAUGUACUCUACAAGGAUUUAUGUACUGAGGCUAGAGCUCAAGGUUUUAUGUCCCCCUUUAUGCACUAUUUUAAUCUUAAUAUAAUAAGUCAGGCGUGGGGAUAA